CUAACCAUAAAAAGAAGGCAAAAACAACAAACAAAAAAAAAACGAAAAGCAUGCAAUUGUUUUUCGUUUUCCGUUGAAACAAAGAAAGAAACCCUUUAUAUAAGACUUAGAAGCCGACAAAACUAUUAUAGACUUCAAAAACUUUUGUCCUUAAUUAACAAAGAAGAUUUGGUGGGGUUUUUUUUCUUUCUUUUUUUAAUGAUGGGUUUUGUGAAAAAGAUGGGUAGUGGUAAUGGGAGAAUAUCAUCAUCAUCAUCAUCAAGAAGAAGAGUUGUGGUGGUGAUGGCAUGGAUGGGCGUGUUAGGGUUGAUGGGUGUAAAUGCUACCAACUCCAUAAACUACAAAGAAGCUCUCACCAAAUCUCUCAUUUUCUUGGAGGCUCAAAGAUCCGGAAAGCUCCCCCCCACCAACCGUGUUCCUUGGAGAGGGGAUUCCGCCCUCGACGACGGGAAACUCGCUAAUGUGGAUCUUGAAGGAGGGUACUAUGAUGCGGGGGAUAACGUGAAAUAUGGACUGCCGAUGGCGUUCACGGUGACAACGUUGGCAUGGUCCACCAUUUUCUACGAGAAGGAACUCCGUGCCACCGGAGAACUCGAGAAUGCUCGUUCUGCUAUCCGUUGGGGCACUGAUUAUUUCCUCAAAUGUGCUUCCCGCAGAAACCGCCUCUACGUUCAGGUGGGUGACCCUAAUAUGGACCAUCAAUGUUGGGCAAGGCCGGAAAACAUGAAGACGCCGAGGACCGUCUUGAAGAUCGACGACAAAGAACCCGGCACUGAGAUCGCGGCCGAGACAGCCGCCGCUAUGGCCGCCGCCUCCAUCGUCUUCCGCCACGUGGACCACAAGUACUCUCGCCGACUCCUCAACAAAGCCAAAUUGCUUUUCAAGUUUGCGAAGAGCCACAAGGGCACAUAUGAUGGAGAGUGCCCCUUCUACUGCUCCAACUCUGGCUAUAAUGACGAGUUGUUGUGGGCGGCGACGUGGCUAUACAAGGCAACGAGACAGCAAGUGUACCUAAGCUACAUCAAGUUUGAAGCCAUCAGUGGAUAUGUCGCCGAGUUUAGUUGGGACCUCAAAUACGCCGGCGCUCAAAUUCUCAUCGUUAAGAUGAUGUUCGAAGGCAUAAAAGGUCUGGACAUAUACAAACAACAAGCCGACAGUUUCAUCUGCUCCAAUCUCCCCGGCAGUCCUUUCCACCAAGUUUACACCACCCCAGGUGGUAUGAUUCAUUUGAGGGAUGGGGCCAACACUCAGUACGUCACGGCCGCCGCGUUUUUGUUCCAAGUCUACGCCGAUUUGCUUCAGAAACACAACCAAAAGAUUUCCUGCCAGAACCAACUGUUCGAUUCAACUCACCUCAUGGCUUUCGCCAAGAAACAGAUUGAUUACAUACUCGGAAACAAUCCAAGAGGAAGAUCGUACAUGGUGGGAUUCGGGCCGAACCCGCCUCAGCAAGCCCACCACAGAGGAGCAUCGGUUCCCAUGGCUGAAGCGAAUUCGCCACUAAGCUGCCCGCUGAGCUUCAUGAAGUGGUACAACAAGAACCGACCAAACGCUAAUGAGCUCACCGGAGCAAUCUUGGGAGGUCCCGACCGCCAAGACAACUUCCAAGAUUUCCGGUGGACUUCUGUCUAUACUGAGCCAUGCACUUACAUCAACUCCAUCGCCGUCGGCGUUUUGGCCAAGCUCGCGGCGGCGUAAAGCCGCGUUUGAUCGUUAAACGCGUGCUUUUUAGGGUUUUUUUUCCUUCUCGACGUGCAUGUGGCUGGCCAUGCAACGUGAUACUAUACUUGGAUGUCAUUUUGUAGGGAGGUUCCGCAAUAUUUUUUCAAAAGAAAAAAUCACUUGAAGAAAAUAUUUGACGGGGUUAAGAAUUAAAACCCGAGUAACUGUACGAUGGUUUAAUGAAAUGAAAAUAUCCGAGUAAAUCUUGUAUACUUUGGUUCCA